AUGGAGGCUGACCAAGUAACGACAUUCGCCGCCUUCUUCAUCGCUUGUUCUUUAAUCUUCUCAACUUGUUCCUCGGCGGAUGAGAACAAGGGUCGCCACUUGCACGCCAGAUUCUAUCGGUAUAGUUGCCCUCAGGCUGAGAAACUCGCCAAUGAUGUUUCUAGAGCUGCCUUUGAUCAAGAUCCAACUCUUGCUGCUGCCCUCAUUCGCCUUUUUUUCCAUGAUUGCUUUGUCAAUGGUUGCGACGCUUCAAUUCUACUGGAUUCAACAAUUUCAGGGGAGCCAGUAGAAAAAAUAUCACCAGCAAACGGCAAAACUCUGAGAGGUAUGAAACUAAUCGACGAAAUCAAGGCCAGAAUCGAAAGCGAAUGCCCCAGAAUUGUUUCUUGCGCAGAUAUAUUAGCCUUCGCAACUAGAGACGCUACCGUCUUCUCCGGUAUACCGUACUACAUAAUCCCCGGCGGCCGUCGCGACGGUCUCUCAUCCCGUGCCGCCGACGUAUUCGGUAACCUCCCGAUUCCAAGUAUGCCCGUCGAUGAGAUGGUCGAAAUAUUCACAAAAAAAGGCAUGACGGCGGACGAAAUGGUGGUUUUAAUCGGAGCGCAUUCGAUCGGAAGAGCACAAUGCAGUUUCUUCGAAGACAGAAUUUACAAUUACAGCGGAACCGAGUCUCCAGAUCCUACCAUGGAUGAGGCCUACGGUUAUUACUUGUCGGUGAUGUGUCCGCCGCCGAAUUCCGAUACGGCGGAGUUAGCGGAAGAUCAGGGAAGAAGAGAAAGACUAGUGAAUUUCGAUCCGUCGUCGCCUUUCAAGCUGGAUAAUGCGUUCUAUUUGAGGCUGUUGGAAGGAAGAACGUUGCUCCGAUCGGACCAAGAUAUGGCGGAGGAUCCGAUGACGGCGGAGGUUGUUAGAAGAAUGGCGUAUGAACCAAGAACAUGGAAGAAGAGUUUUGUGAGGGCUAUGGUUCGGCUUAGUAGAGUGGAUGUGAUCACGGGAAAUGCAGGGGAAAUUAGGAACAACUGUCGGGUUGUUAAUUAA